ACUCUCGGUGCUGCUGCCACUGUUGCUGCUGUUGCAUGGUGAUUCACUUCCUCUCCUUUGACUCCUGUUUCUGUAUCUCCUGUUGAUCCUGUUGUUUUCUUUUCCCGUGAAGACUACUCUCUCUACUAUUUUUCGUUUGCGGUUGUCACCGUCCCGAGCCCGGUGAUGUCGCUGUGAAAUGUGCUGGAGGAGAAACUCGACCGUGCGAAAAACCAUUAUUUGAUUGAGAGGUUGGCUUUGAAGUGUACUGCAUCUUGCAGCGAUUCAUUCCUUCCUUUGAUUCCGUCUUUAAACAACUCUCUUCUUCCUGAUCUUCCUGUCGUGAACGUGCUGUUGUUCAUGCACAGAGGAUGAAUUCAGGAAACGAUAACUGGCACCCUGGUGGACCCCCAUCGCACCCCGGGAUGGACCAGAUGAACCACCAACCUCGUCCCUUGGGCCCCUUUGGUCAAAACCCACCUCAGCAAGGCCCGUCUUCGCAGCCGGCGGGGCCCGUCCUUCCCCCUCCUGGAGGUCCUUAUCACCCUGCAAGCCAACCUCCCGGACACUCCCUUCCUGGGCUGGCGGAGUUGAGCCAGGGCCACGCCGGCCCCCAUCAACCGCCCGCUUAUGCUCAACACCCCUCUGCCCCCUCCCACAACGCUGGUCAUUCUCUGCCAGGCAUCGGUCAGGCGAUGCAGCACCCGUCUCCUCAGUCCAUCAACCGCGAGCGUGAGCGGGAUUCGAGAGAGCGGGAGCUAAUCGAGAGACAGCGCCAGGAGGAGAUGGCCCACAGAGAACGUGAACACCGUGAGCGUGAGCAGAUGGAGCGACAGCAGCUGGAGCGUCAGCGCGAUCAGCACCACCCGGUUCAGAGCCACACGGGGUCCAUCCCGCUGCACCAGCCGGUGGCGUCCAAGGUGCCCAACUCCAUUCACGGUCCGAACGGCCUCUUGUCAAAUAUCGGAUCGAACCCGCAGAAUGGUCCCCAGGGCCCGAUACAGCCAUCCGGCGGUCCUGGUGGGAUCUAUGGGCCUCAGAUUCCGCAUGGCGAAGGCACCCCGCGGUCGUACAUGCAACACCCUGCUGGUCCCGCUGGACAGGCCCUGAUGGGUUUCAACGCUUCUGGACCUCAGAUCCCGGGGAACGUUGCGGCUCUUGCCCAGGGUCAGCAGCCAAUUUUGAAUGACGCGCUUAGUUACCUAGACCAAGUGAAGGUCCGCUUUGUCGAUCAGCCGGAUGUGUAUAACCGGUUUCUGGACAUAAUGAAAGACUUCAAAAGCCAAGCCAUCGAUACCCCUGGCGUCAUCCAACGCGUUUCCACGCUGUUCAACGGACACCCGGCUUUGAUCCAGGGUUUCAACACUUUCCUCCCCCCUGGAUACCGAAUCGAGUGCGGUACGGAAGAUAACCCUGACGCCAUCCGAGUGACCACCCCGUCCGGCACAAAUACUUUGAGUAUGCCCCGUCCACGGCAGUCGUUGGAUGCCACGGGCGAGAUGGCACAUGGUGGGAUGGGUCCGCAUGGCCGUCCUGAGUUCUUCGAACAAUCCCGACCGGGUUGGCAGCAACAUCAGCCCCAGCCCCAACCCCCGCCGCAGCCCCAGCCGCCACAGGGCAACCUGCCAGGGUCAUACUCACCCGGGUCUCGCAUGAUGGGCCCAGGCAUGUUUGGGCAAGAGAACCAAGGCCAGCAUCAGGAGCCCCACCACUACAGCUACCCUACCCAGCAAGAACAGCAGGCUGCGGCGGGUGCAGCGGCCAUGGCCCAGCAACAGGAUCAUCGUGGGGUGUCGCAGCUCCAGGGCGCCGUCUCGGCUGCGUCCGCCGGGCUUGGGCGACCUGGCUUGCUCGCAGUGUCUGCCCCAGGACAGGCCCACAACCUAAACCAGCCGAUGAACAGUCUGGCCGGUGUGGGUUCGAACAUGCUGCAGGGCUCCCAAGCUGACCUAAACAAGCGUGGACCUGUUGAAUUCAACCAUGCCAUCAGCUAUGUGAACAAGAUCAAGAAUCGCUUUGCGCAAGCCCCCGAGAUCUACAAGCAGUUUUUGGAGAUACUGCAGACGUAUCAGCGCGAGUCAAAGCCGAUCCAGGAUGUCUACGCGCAAGUGACCCAGCUGUUCAACACUGCACCCGACCUGCUGGAAGAUUUCAAGCAGUUCCUGCCUGAGUCUGCUGCCCAUGCCAAACAGCAGGCAGCGGCCCGUCAGGCGGAAGAGGCGGCCCCGACGAGCAAUGUCCGUGGAGAGCCUAGUUAUCCUAGCACCGGCAACAACCUUCAAUCGCAGACUCCCAAUCGCGAUGUCAAGAUGCCUCCGCUGGGUCAGUUCAACGUCAAAGACUCUGCCAAAGAUGGAAAGAAGCGUCGGGGAGGGCCGGGGGCUCCCUCUGCUCUGGCAUCUUCGAUAUCCGGACCCUCUGCGAAUAAUGACGCUGUCCGAAUGGGCGAUGCCCAAGCUGGUCGUGCGCCCGGCUUCCAGGCUGGCGGUGUCAACAAGAGAGCCAAGGUCCACCACACCAAGACCACGCCGACAGAGGCCCCUGCCGUGUCUCCCACCCUGAUUCCCGCUCUGCCAGAGCCGAUCCCUCCUGUCUUCUCGUUGACGCCCACGCAGGAAGAAUUCGCGUUCUUCGAUCGGGUCAAGAAGUACAUUGGGAACAAGCAGACCUUCAGCGAGUUCCUCAAACUGUGCAAUCUCUACUCGACCGAUCUCAUCGAUCGUCAUGUUCUUGUCAAGAGAGCGGCGGGCUACAUCGGCUCCAACCCGGAGCUCAUGGCUUGGUUCAAACGGUUCAUGCAUGUGGAUGAGCCCGAAGACAAGAUCAUUGAGCCCAAGCCGAAGCAUGACCUUGGGGUCGUCAAUCUGUCGCAUUGCCGUUCUUUGGGACCGAGCUACCGACUUCUGCCGAAGCGUGAACGCCAGAAGCCAUGCAGUGGCCGUGAUGCCUUGUGUUACGCUGUUCUGAAUGAUGAAUGGGCGUCUCACCCCACGUGGGCGUCGGAAGAUUCGGGUUUCGUGGCGCACCGGAAGAACCAGUACGAGGAUGCGUUGCACCGUAUCGAAGAGGAUAGGCAUGAUUACGAUCAUCACAUUGAAGCCUGCACCCGCACGAUCCAGCUCAUUGAGCCCAUCGUCCAGCAAUUCCUGGUCAUGUCGGACGCGGAGCGGGCUGCUUUCAGACUGCCUCCGGGUCUCGGCGGACAGAGUGAGGCCAUCUAUCAGCGCGUCAUCAAGAAAAUCUACGAUCGUCAGAAGGGCGAAAAGAUCAUCCACGAGAUGUUCGAGAGACCCUGCCACGUCCUGCCCAUCGUCCUCUUCCGCUUGAAGCAGAAGUGCGAGGAGUGGAAGGCUAGCCAGCGCGAGUGGGACAAGAUCUGGCGUGAGCAGACGCAGAAGGCCUACUGGCGCAGUCUGGACCACCAGGCCAUUGCCAGCAAGAGUAUGGAUAAGAAGCUGUUCGUGGCGAAGCACAUCCAGAACGAGAUCCAGAACAAGUUUGAGGAGAGAAAGACCCUGCGCAAGAGCGGCUUCCAGGUGCCCCGACACCACUUCGAGUUUACGUUCGACGACCCGGCCGUGAUCAUCGACACCACCCACUUGCUGCUGACUUUCAUUGACCGCAAUUCGGCUGGCUUCGGGGCCGAUCCCCAGAAGGUCAUGAUGUUCAUCAAGGACUUUGUUCCCAUGUUCUUUGGAAUGGACCGUGAUACCUUCCAUGCCUACAUGAACGAACUGUCCAGCGGGACUCCGCCGGCUGAUGAAGGUGACGGGGAGAGCUCCGCUGCGGAGGGACCCUCGACGCCCCGUAGCCGACGGGCCAACAACAAGAAGAUGGAUCUGCUCCGCGACGUGUUGGAGCGUCGAUCUGAGAAGGCCCGGGCUGAAAAAUCGGGAAGCAGUCGGCCCACAUCGCGCGCUGGCACUCCGGAUAGUGGUCUUGUGCCUUCUACGCCGGCUCCUGAUCCCACAGAGACUUUUGAUGUCGCCGAGCUGCGAUGGAUGGAGCACCCGGCGCAGGGCAAUUUCAACCUGCAACGGGAGUAUACGCUCAACGAGUCUUACGAGAAGACGGCGCAUCACUUGUACGGGAACCUGAACAUCUACUGCUUCUUCCGCACAUUUGAGAUCCUGUACUCGCGUCUGCUGAGGAUCAAACUGAACGAAGAUUAUGCGCACGAGAACGUGCGCCGUGGACUCCAGGAGCGGGCCGCGCGGGACCUCAACCUGCUUGACAAGUUGCCCACGGACUUCUUCUACGACAGCGAUCCCAAGGCCAACCUUUACAGCCAGAUCGUGCGGAUGUGCGAGGAGGUCAUCAAAGGCGACAUGGAGACGUCCCAUCUGGAGGAGACGCUGCGUCGGCACUAUUUGCGCAGCGGCUACCAGCUGUACAACCUGGAGAAGAUGUUUGCGGGGAUUGCCAAGUUCGCGGGGUCGAUCUUCAGCGGCGACUCGAAGGACCGCAGUUCCGACAUCAUGGCGCUGUUCUUCAAGGAGCGUGACCGGGAGGAGACGACGCACAACCAGGAGAUCCAGUACCGCAAGCAAGUGGAGCGGCUGGUCAAGGAUGGUGACAUCUACCGCAUCACCUACCAUCCUUCAAACAAGAAGACCACCGUGCAGCUUCUGACCCCCGAGGACGCGACCCUGGAGAACGAAGACCUCAGCCAGGAAGCGCGCUGGUCAUACUACGUGUCAGCCUACACGAUGCGCGAUCCCACCGAGGGAGUACGAUUCUCGCGCAUGCGGAUGCCCUUCCUGAAGCGCAACCUUCCCGCACAGAUGGACCAGGAAGACGAAUACAACCGGUACUAUCGGCCCCUGGUGCACCAAGACGGACUCAUCAUCCGCAUCUGCGCCAACAGCUACCACAUCCUGUACGAGCCCGGCAGCCAAGACUGGUGGUGGCGGCCGACGGCGCCGUCCGACGAAACAGCCGAAGAGGUCGCCAAGGAAGAGGCGGCCGUCAAGGAACGGCGACGCGACCGAUUCACGGAGAAGUUUGUCAAUAACCCUGACUGGGCGCAGGGGUUCAGCAAGGACCAGGUGGACGAUUUCAAUCAACGCUUCCGGUCUUGGGUCCAGGGGAGUGAACCUGAGGGGACCGCUGAGGCUGCGGCUGUGGCUCCGGCCACUGAGCCGUCGGCUGAGGAGGGUCAUCCCGAGGAUCAUCCCGAGGAUGGCAAGGAGAAGGGCGAUACCGAGAUGGCGGAUGUGGAGCCGGAUGCCACUGCAUCGGAAAGCAAGCCAGAAUAGACACCUCUCUCUAGAGCUCUGGAUAUCUAUUUCUGGGGUGUCGAGCUCUCUCCCCAUCUUCUCCACACGUGGGGGUGAAUGCGCCGAGUACCUUGUUUAUGAUAGCGAAGACUUGACCCGUGCACAUGGCUUUUCAUUUCCCUUCUUCUUUCUAUUUUUUUUUUUAUUAUUUGAUUUUCAUUUUCUAUCUGUGUUUUGGUGGGUGAUUGAAUUGAUCCCACGGACUGGUGUAGAGGGAACGGGAAGGUUUGAUUGAUUGAGAGUCUGGGUUUCUUUAUUUCUUUAUUUCUUUACCUUGUGCAGUGUCAUUUUAUUCCAAUCCAUUUUAUGUGUAUUUGUAUUAGGAGCUAGGGUAGUCUAUC